AGAUAUUAAAUUCGGAUUUGCUGCCAGGUUUUUAAAUGACCCGCUUUGACUGCGCCCUGUCCUAUGACUGCAUAGAUAACGCAGUUUAUAAGCUGAGGCGAAACGUACCCGCGCGAGCUCAGAACAAGCAAGCGUCAGUCAAGCAACACGUCCAAUUAUUGUGGUACCGACAAAGGUCCAGUCCAUUGAAAAUGUUCACAUAGUGAUCGGUUUUCUUUUGGACUGAAGCAGUGGCUGCACGCAACUCUUCUUUACAAGGAGCAUCUUUUUAGGGAGACCGUACCUUCAAAGGAUAUUCGCCAAGAUAUAAUGCCAAGGAAAAUUGUAAAGGCUGAAUUGAAGGCUGCCCCAGUCAAUGAAGUAUCCAAAGAGAGUACGACCCGUUCUCGGAAAAGAAAGGCAGAUGUUGCUGUUUAUUUGCAAGAUCCAGAUGAAGUUACUGAAAUGACAAAAAAGAAGCAGUGUCUUACUCAGGCCUGCUGGAGUCAAGCCACAGGUUGCACAAGUCCGUGCAGGCGAAUCCCCACGCCUGAAGUGGAGGAACCAGACACCCUGAGCGACCUAGCCUUCUCGCAGUACACCUUCAGAAACCUCUGUGCCACUCCUGUUAGGUCUUCCCCUCUGCCAGUCCUCUGCUGGGCAAACAAAGAGGAUGUGUGGAAUAACCUACUCCAGAAAGACCAGGCAUACUCAAGAGAUGUGCACUUCAUGGAGAGACACCCACAGCUGCAGCCGAAAAUGCGAGUUAUACUCCUGGAUUGGCUAAUGGAGGUCUGUGAGGUCUACAAGCUCCACAGAGAGACUUUUUACUUGGCCCAGGACUUAUUUGACCGGUACAUGGCAACGCAGACGAAUGUGGUCAAAGCACGAUUGCAGCUCAUUGGCAUUUCAGCUUUAUUUAUCGCUGCGAAACUGGAGGAAAUAUAUCCUCCAAAGGUGCACCAGUUUGCCUAUGUUACAGAUGGAGCCUGCAUAGAAGAUGAGAUCCUUAGCAUGGAGUUGAUCAUAAUGAAGGAGCUGAAGUGGAGCCUUAGCCCCUUGACAUCCAUAUCCUGGCUAAACAUUUAUAUGCAGGUAGCAUAUCUGAAGAACUCUGCAGAGGUGCUGAUUCCUCAGUAUCCCCAAGCUACGUUUGUGCAGAUAGCAGAGCUCCUGGAUGUGUGUGUGCUGGAUGUAAAGUGUUUGGAGUUCUCCUACAGCAUGCUGGCAGCCUCUGCCUUAUUCCACUUCUCCUCUCUGGAGCUGGUGGAAAAGGUCUCAGGCUUGCAGUGGUCUGAUAUGGAGCGCUGCGUUAAGUGGAUGGUGCCAUUCGCAAUGUCCAUUCGGGAGGUGGGCAGCUCAGGGCUAAAGACAUUUAAGGGAAUUCCUGCGGACGACCUGCACAACAUCCAGACCCACGCUCCCUACCUGGACUGGCUGGAGAAGGCCUACUCCUACCAGCUGGUAGAUGUGGAGAGGAGUCAGAGGUCCCCCAUGCCUUCAUGUGUACUCACCCCACCUCCCAGCAGUGAGAAGCCAGAGCUGCUGCCAUCUUGAGGACCUUUCUGGGCCAAUCGGGUAUCUGGCAGGAGGGUGAAUUACAGCAUUGCACGCUAACUAUCUUCGGAUGCUAAAGGCGGGCACAAAACUUUGGUCUUUCAUGAUUUAUUGAGUCGUUGUGUGGAGUCCAUCAGCUAUUUUUUAUUUGGUUUUAUUUUUUUAAUUCCUUUUUUAAUGGGUCUGCCAAGUUGGGCCACCUGCCAAAUAUCCAGAGUUGUCAUCGGAACUCUGAAUGCUGCUAAAAAUGGUGGGACUUGGAGGAAUGGAUCCUGAACACGUAUUCUGGGCCCACACUGCCAUUCGGGAUUUGAGAAAUACUAUUUUCGGCCGGGACAUUAGGCCAUCUUGUCAUUGGACCACAGGAAUAACCAGCUUCAGAAGCGGACGUAUACAUGUUUAUGUUGGACCUCUUAUUGGUCUACUCAGAGUAUAGGUUUACCAAAUUGAAAUUAUUUGUAUUUUAUUUUUUACAUUUUUAAAUGCUGCUACUUUUCUGUACCAUUUGGAAAUAAAUUCACUGUCUCAGACAGCUUAUCUUUUA